GCGCUGUCGUCGAAGAUUGUGUGUUUAGGAAGAUGCGUGCCUUUAUCUAAAUAAAUUGAAAAUUCUGUCUAAAAUAUUUCUCCGCAAUUAUAGUUUAUUUUUAAAAGAUAUUAAUAGUUUUAAAACAUUUAUUAUAACGGUUAUUGAGGUAUUUGAGGGACCAACAUUAUAAUUUCUGACAUACCCUGACAUUUUCAGGCGGAGUGAGUGGUCUGUUUGUUUGCUUCCUCUCUGGUCACAAGCGUGCUCAGUUUCGUGUACAGCAGUAAUGCUGCACUUUAGCUUAAAUAAAUACCGUUUAUUCCAUAUGUUUGCGUACUCGCACAUUCUGCCUGCCCUUUAACUUUAACCAAACUACAAGUCAGCAGCACUGUAAACAUGGCGGGAGUUAUCCGGAGGCUCGACGAGACUGUUGUCAACCGCAUUGCUGCGGGAGAAGUUAUUCAGCGUCCUGCCAACGCCGUCAAAGAAAUGAUUGAAAACUGUGAUAAGGAGGACAUGGAAAUCGUUUGUGAGAGGUUCACCACGAGCAAACUUCAAACUUUUGAGGACCUUUCGAGUAUCGCAACCUAUGGAUUCAGAGGAGAGGCCCUUGCUAGUAUAAGCCAUGUUGCCCAUGUGACCAUAACCACAAAGACUGCUGAUGCAAAGUGCGCUUACAGAGCCAACUACAGCGAUGGCAAACUAAAAGGCCCUCCCAAACCAUGUGCUGGAAACCAGGGAACGCAGAUCCUUGUGGAGGAUCUUUUCUAUAACGUCUCCACCAGGAGAAAAGCUCUAAAGAGCCCGAGCGAUGAGUACUCCAGGAUUGUAGAAGUGGUCGGCAGUUUCUUGAGUUACAACCUUGAAUCACUGUUGCUUUCUAACUUUCACAGCUUAGAAAUCGCUCCUCAGAAUGUGGAUGUUAAUGUUCAUCCCACUAAACAUGAAGUGCACUUCCUGCAUGAGGACAGUGUCAUCGAGAGCGUUCAGAAGCACAUCGAGAGCAAACUCCUGGGCUCCAACUCCUCACGUACAUAUUUCACUCAGACGUUGUUGCCGGGACUGUCAGUCUCAGGUAACACGGAGGUUAAGGCCUCCAGCACCACAUCGGAGUCUAGCGAGCGAGUCUACGCACAUCAGAUGGUGAGGACCGACUGUCGCACACAGAAGCUAGAUGCCUUCCUCCAACCGAAGGAAAAGCCGCUCCCUGAUCCCGAGCCUGCUGGUCCCAGCAGUGGGCAGACUGCGAUCAAAGCCAUCCAGGCGGACAGCAUAGAGAUGGACGAUGUAGAUGACUCAGACAUGCUGGAGGCGCUGGCUGAACAGGAAGCAGAGGUGCCAAAGGGCGAGGAACAAGGCAGCGUCGGUGCUCUUGAUAAUCAGAGGAAGCGACCGAGGACAGAGCAGAAAGAGCAGCAGCAGGAAGAAGGCGAGGACUUGACGGCCGCAGCCACGCCCAAGAGACGAGUGAUCAAACUGAACAGCAUCAAAGAGCUGAGAGCUGAGAUCACAGAGAACACGCACAAAGGUCUUCAAGAAAUGAUGCAGAACCACUCGUUUGUGGGCUGCGUCAAUCCCCAGUGGUCUCUGGUGCAACAUCAUACUAAGCUCUACCUGCUCAACACCAACAAACUCAGCCAGGAGCUUUUCUACCAAAUACUCAUUUAUGACUUUGGAAAUUUCGGUGUACUCAGACUGUCUACCCCAGCACCUCUUUAUGACUUGGCCAUGUUGGCUUUGGAGUCAGAGGAGAGCGGCUGGACUGAAGAGGACGGUCCCAAAGAAGGCCUGGCUCAGUACAUAGUGGACUUCCUGAAAAAGAAAGCGGAGAUGCUAGAGGACUACUUCUCCAUGGAGAUAGACCAGGAAGGAAACCUACUAGGACUCCCGCUGCUCCUUGACAACUACACCCCAGUCAUGGAGGGUCUCCCCAUGUUCAUCCUGCGCCUGGCAACUGAGGUGAACUGGGACGGUGAAAAGGACUGUUUCAGAGACUUCAGCAAAGAGUGCAGCAUGUUCUACUCCAUCAGGAAGCAGUACAUCCUGGAGGCCGAGCCAGGAGAGGAGCAGGGCACUGAGGUGAACUCUUGGCGGUGGAAAGUCGAACACCUCAUCUUUAAAGCUUUCCGAACCCUCUUAAGUCCUCCGAAGAGCUUCAGCGAGGAUGGCACUGUGCUGCAGAUCGCCAACUUACCCGAUCUGUACAAAGUGUUUGAGAGGUGUUGAAACUGCUCAUCAUGGCUGAAAAAAAUCAACUAUAUAAGCUCUUUUUCUUUUUUCUUAAAUAACACAUACUGUAAAUAAAUACUUUAUAGAA